GCUCUAAAACUGUGACAGAGAGAAAAAGCAAAAGUGAAGAGACUCAACCUGGAAAUACAGAGAGACAGAGAGAGAGAGAUCUGAAUUCUGAGGUGGGGGACUGAGUCAGGGACCGAGUUGGGUCACAUCCUCUCUGCACCGAGUUGAACUUUCAAAGCUAAUAAUACACCUGAACCGAGAACAAGAAGAAGGGAUAAUAAUAUGAUCCUGACUGUUAGAUCCCACAUCUGAAAUCCCACACCAGCCGUCCGAUUAACCCUCCAUCUCUUUUCUCUCUCUCCUUCAUCUCUCUCUCUCCCCUUCUGCAGCUCAAUUUUGGAGCCCACAAAGGGUGAAGAAAGAGCUUAGCUUGACUUGGAAAGGAGAAAGAGCUUAGCAGAGGGUAAGGAGAAAGAGCUUUGCUUGGCUUGGAAACCCAAUCGAUUUCUUGUGUUUUCUCUCAGAUUUGAGGCUUUCUGGUAGCUUUUAUGUGCUAUGAUGGACCUCAAGAUCAACUGGUAUAGCUUGGAUUCGUAGAUUGAGCUGCGAAAAUGCUUAAAGCUUUAGCAAUGGUGAGUUAAAAAACGUAGUCUGAUUUGAUUUUUAUUGAAGUUUCGGGAUUGGGAAUUCAUGGAGUUAAAACACUGGUAAAACAAAAAUCCUAAUUUGGUAGAUUUUGUUGGCGUGAAACCCUAGGCCUGGUUUGUUGUUCUUGGAAUGGUGAACUUGAAGAUUUGAGCACAAUUAUUUUGAAUUUGAGUUCCGAAAAUGAAGAGUGAAAGCAGCAAUAGCUUAGGAAAUGAGAGAACAGUUAAAUCUGUAGAAUCAGUGGAAGAUAUUUCCAAAUAUUCCCACAGUCCAGCUCAUUUGGCGGUUGCAUGCCGUGACUAUGCCACUCUCAAGCGUAUUAUUUCUACCCUCCCUCGGCUUGCCAAGGCCAGUGAAGUAAGCACCGAAGAUGAAUCUCUUGAGGCUGAGCUCCGAGCUGAUGCUGUAUCUGCUGUCAUUGAUCGCCGAGAUGUUCCUGGUCGUGAGACUCCUCUUCAUCUAGCUGUGCGUCUCCGGGACCCAAGCUCCGCAGAGAUUUUGAUGGCGGCUGGUGCUGAUUGGAGUCUUCAAAAUGAGAAUGGUUGGAGUGCUCUCCAAGAAGCUGUCUGCACUAGAGAGGAAGCAAUUGCUAUGAUUAUUGCACGGCACUACCAGCCCCUUGCUUGGGCCAAAUGGUGUCGUAGACUUCCCCGUAUUGUUGCCUCUACGUCCCGGAUUCGUGAUUUUUAUAUGGAGAUAACUUUUCAUUUUGAGAGCUCAGUCAUCCCGUUUAUUGGUCGAAUUGCUCCAUCAGAUACUUACCGAAUUUGGAAGCGCGGUUCUAAUCUCCGAGCUGACAUGACCCUUGCUGGUUUUGAUGGGUUUCGCAUUCAAAGGUCUGAUCAAACAUUUCUGUUUCUUGGAGAGGGGUACUCUUCAGAGGAUGGUAAUGUGAAUUUGGCACCCGGUUCUUUGAUUGUUCUUGCACAUAAGGAGAAAGAAAUCACAAAUGCUUUGGAAGGAGCUGGUGCCCAACCAACUGAAGCUGAAGUUGCCCAUGAAGUGGCCUUAAUGUCACAGACGAAUAUGUUUAGGCCCGGCAUUGAUGUUACUCAGGCUGAGCUUAUCCCCCAUUUGAAUUGGAGGCGACAGGAGAGGACUGAGAUGGUUGGAAAUUGGAAAGCCAAAGUUUAUGAUAUGCUUCACGUGAUGGUGAGUGUGAAGUCAAGGAGGGUUCCAGGUGCUAUGACUGACGAGGAACUCUUUGCAGUGGGCGACGAAGAAAAGGUGGCAAAUGGUGGUGAUAAUGAUGAAUAUGACGAUGUAUUGACUGCUGAAGAAAAAAGGCAGUUGGAUUCUGCAUUUCUUGUGGGGAACUCAGAUGGCGCUUGUGAGGACGAGGACAAUGGAGACUCUGACUGUCAUGAAAAGGGUUCAGUAGGCUUGUAUGAGAACUUUGAAUCCAACGGUGUUGUUAAGGACAAGAAGGGUUGGUUUGGUUGGAACAAGAAAAAUUCAAAGGGAAACGAUGAUUCCGAAGAUCCAAAGCUUUUGAAGAAGUUCUCGAAGUUGGCCCCAGAAGGUGGGAACCAGAAGUCACUUGAUCAUCAAAAACCGUCAUCUGAAUUUCCUAAAGACGAUAUUGCAGAUGCGAAAAAGGGAAAAGAUAAAAGCAGUAAGAAGAAAAAGAAGAAAGGGUCGACUGAUUCUAAGCAUGAGAGUGAGUACAAAAAGGGUUUGAGACCUGUCUUGUGGUUGACGCCAGAUUUCCCGUUAAAAACAGAUGAGCUUCUUCCUUUACUAGACAUCUUAGCAAACAAGGUCAAGGCUAUAAGGAGACUCAGGGAGCUUUUGACUACUAAAUUGCCCCCUGGCACUUUUCCUGUCAAGGUUGCUAUUCCGAUUGUCCCAACAAUACGAGUUCUUGUAACAUUUACCAAAUUUGAGGAGCUUCAGCCAGCGGAGGAGUUCUCAACCCCUCUCUCCAGUCCUGCACAUUUUCAGGAUUCAAAGUCAAAGGACUCAGAAGGAUCCUCGUCAUGGAUGUCGUGGGUGAGAGGAAGUCGUGGUGGGCAAUCAAGUGACAGUGAUAGCCACCGGUAUAAGGAUGAGAUUGACCCUUUCCUCAUACCAUCGGACUAUACCUGGGUUGAUGCCAAUGAGAAAAAACGCCGCAUGAAAGCCAAGAAAGCCAAGAGCAAGAAACACAGGAGACAUGCAACAGCCAAGCCCGGUGAUGCAGGACAUCAGGCAAGCGAGAAUGUCGAAGAAUAGUUUUGCAUCAAUUACUGCUACGCUACCUCUAAGAGGGAUUUCGUGGGAUAAAAAUGAGGUACAGCCCUUUCUUGUGUGCUCCUGACUUUUAUUCUUCACUUUGGAUUCUAUCCCGAAAGUCUUACCUGAUACGUUUUGGGCUCUUAAUUGUUGAUUUAGAAGAAGAAUAUAUGCAUCUUCUUCAAUAUUGUAUUGCUAUGUGCUGUGAAAUCGGAGAGGAACCGACUCUCCUUUUUCUGAUAGUAUCUCUUGUUCUAAUUUCGAGUUCACAUCAAUCUUUGUAUCCAAGUUGUUUUCUUAUCGAUUUUCAAGUUUUUUUUUUUCUGUGGUUGGUA